GUGAACCUUCAACCUGCAGCUGCAUCAUCACCGUUUGGUUUCUCUCCCAUCUCUGUUUGCCUAUUCACAAAAUCAAACUUUACACCACCUUUGUGAUAGCACUUUCCUCAGCUGCACCAGCAUUGAGGCAGCACACAUACCAGUAACCCAUACCAAAGAAAACUCCACAUCAAAUCCCAUCACCCAAGCAUUCAUUGUCACAACCCGCCCAUCAUGUCUGAAUACGCAGCCGGCCAGGCAGGCAUGGAUGCUGUCGAAGCCAAGAACUGGCCCCUCGCCAUCGAAAAGCUUUCCGUGGCCCUCAAGUCAACAAAGUCGCCCAAGUGGUUCAUCGGCCGCUCCAAGGCCUACAUCGCCACCAAGGACUACAAGCGCGCCCUCCGUGACGCCGAGCUCGCACAAGUCGCCGCCGCCGCCCGAGGCAACCGCGCCUUUAUCACCGACGCCCAGUACCGUCGCGCCGUCGCCCACUUCCGCCUCGGCGAGCUCGCCAACGCCGACGCUUGCGCCACCUGGGCCCAGCGUUUGACCGAGGGCAAGAGCAUGUCGCUCCCGGAGUGGAAAGAGCCCAAGGUCGAUGGCCGCGGCUUCGCGACGGCGACCAAAAGUCAACUGACGGACGAGAUAACGGCUGUGCGGGCGACGGAGGAUCCAGCCACGAGUAAGUUUGGUGCGCUGUGGAAUUCGACGUGCGCUCUGCGCUUGCAGAUUCUCGGCGCGUUGGAGAAGCUCGCCGAGGAUGACGAGAAGCGGAAGGUUACGGUGAAGUAUGACCCGGGACUCUCGCUGGACGCCCCCGAGGACGAAGAGGAGGAGGAAGAGAUCACCAAGGAGGAGGUCAAGGCUGCUGCGGCGGCCGCAGCCAAGAAGCCCGAAGUUCAAAAGGAUGUGCGCGUCGACUUCUUCCAGAGCAACGCCACCAUGUCGGUGUCCGUCUUCGCCAAGAACAUUCCCAAGGACGAGUUCAAGGUUGAGUAUGACGCUCAAGAGAUCCGCAUGACGCACAUCCCCGGCCACGAGCCCUUGUACACCAUACCCCUCUGGGGCCAAAUCGACCCUGCGGGCUCUAAGCACACCGUCACAGCGAACAAGAUCGAGUUUUCCCUCAAGAAGCUCGAGGCAGGAAAGUGGCCCACACUCCAGCGCUCUCCAGAUGCCGCACCAGCUGCUCCCAGGGCCGCUGCCCUCGCCGCGACACCCGCUACUCCCUCGGCAUCAACGACCCAGAAACCCGCCGCUGCCGGCAGCAGCAAUGCGCCCGCCUACCCGACUUCCUCCAAGUCGGGCCCCAAGAACUGGGACAAGCUCGAGGGUAUUGACGACGAUGAUGAAAAGGACAUUAACGCUUUCUUUAAGACUCUCUACAAGGGCGCCACCCCCGAGCAGCAGCGCGCCAUGAUGAAGAGCUUCACCGAGAGCAACGGCACGGCCCUCAGCACCGACUGGGACGACGUCAAGGCCCGCAAGGUGGACACAAUGCCCCCCGAGGGCGUCGAGGCCAAGAAGUGGGAGUCCUAAAAUGGAUGAAGAGCGGCAGCUUCGACCUCGCCGCAGCGAUUGAUUACAAAAGUUUCAGGCAUGACCCUGACGGUUAUGGAGUUGGGUUAGAGGGAUUCGGGCAUCAGUUUCUACGCACAACACGAGUGAACUUCUUGAGGACCUCGUGCUCUCAUCGGACAUGGCUUGGCGUGGCGUCAGGUUUAUUUUUAAUAAAAAAGAAAAAGGGCUUGCUAGUUGGUAGUCGACCGUCAUUAACAAUAUUCUAUUGCGACUGCAGCCACACCAGUAAACGACAUUAUCUACGCCGGAUACGCUUAUCACGGUAAAUGUAGUGUGUUUAGCCGAUCUCGACUUCCAAACUCGGCUGAUUGUGGCAUCCAAUCCUCCAUCCCUCGUCAGAACAUCAAGCAUGUAAACAUCAUGGUCAUCAUUAUGUAUGUACCCACAGAGGCUGGCUGCCUUGAAAUGAUAUGCCCCUCCCCUCCCUCAAUCCUGGUAUGCGAAUUCGCAGGUCUUCUUAUGAGUGGCUUGUUACCCC